AUGGCGGGAGAAGGGCAAACAGGAGAGCAGCUCCUGAUGAGGCUGCUGCAGACGCAGCAGGAGCAGAUGGGACAACUCCAGAGACUGCUAGAGCAGAACCAGAGGCCACGCGGAACCGUGGUGGAUACAAAGGCUAUUGGCCGACCUGAGAAAUUGGGAGGAACACUGGAGGAAGCCUCGCGUGCAUGGCGCCAGUGGAACUACCGGCUGGAGCUUUGGCUCACGAGCCAGUUUCCAGAAACCCGGGCAAUCCUGACUUGGGCUCGUACCCAAGACGAUGAAAUCGCCGUUACCAGGCUGAGAGAACAGCUGGUGGAUGGAGUGACUCCGGAAAAGGUCCAGGAGUUCAAUCGACAACUGGAGGUAGUCCUGGGUACUUUGACUAUGGACACCCCAGGGGAUAUCACGAUGAACUCGAGCGCAGGAUCCGGACUGGACAUGUACCGGCGGCUCCAUGGGAGAUUGGAUCCGACCGACAUGGUCACGAGCUUUAGGUGGUUGCGGCAGCUCAUGUCGACGAAGCCAGUUGCAGAAGUGAGCGACUUGAUCGCUGCAGUGGAGAGAUGGGAGGACCAGCAUCGGAGGUAUGCUGCCCGUCGGGACUGCACGGCGCUGACCGAGCGCCAGAAGAUGGUUUCGUUGUUGGGAAUGGUUCCCGCGGAGUUACAGUCACACUUGGAGCUCAACCUUCCACGGCUCAACACGUACGACCUUUUACGGAGGGAAAUCGUGACUUUCGCCGAGAACCGCCGGGCAUUCACUGUGGAUGACUCCGGCGCAAUGCCUAUGGAUAUCGACUACGCAAAGGGGAAGGGGAAAGGAAAAGGAAAGGACAAGGAGACCCGUAAGUGCCACAAGUGUGGCAAAGUGGGCCAUCUCGUAAAGGACUGCAGGAGCCCAAUCGACAUAAGGAAGAACAAGGAUGCAGGAGGUGGUUCUAGUGGUUACCCCAAAGACCCCACCCCAGGAGGUAGAGGUAGUGCAGGGAAACCGCCGAAGGGUAAGGCUCAAGGUAGGGGCCGCGGCGGGAAAGGCAAGGGCGGACACGCCCGCGAGCUAGACGGCGAAGAAGAAGAGCCAGACGGCGAGGAGCCUGAGCAGGAGGAGGACUACGAAGCCGAGGUGGGCUUCAUAGGAAUGCUCGAAGGCGAAGGAGAGGACCCGGGAAGGGGAGACGAGACGCCAAAGAAGCCGGAAAGAAAGGAAAAGAAAGAAAAGAAGAAGGAAAAAGAGGAAAAGAAAAGGAAGAGCCCAGAGGGCGACGACGAAGACUGGGGAACCUGGCGUUCUGACCCCAGUGCUUCUGGCGCGGGAUCGUCUCGAGACCCGCCAGAAGGGGGCAGGGCACGAGCAAGUGCCAAAGCCAAGGCAGCUGGCGGCACUUCCUCCAUGACGGGGGUUGGGCUGCGACUCCUCGAGGGCAACCUGGUGUCCGAGCUGCAGGCUCGCCAGGCCGAGCUCAACAGGGCCCUGGCUAGUGCCGAAGGUGACGAGGAAAGGGCCAACCUAGAAGCCCAGCUCGAGGAAGUCACCCGGCAGCUGAAGGAGCUUGUGGCUAAGAGGAGAGCUGCCAGGACGGCUACCGCUGGGAGUUGGAAGUCGUCGGCAUGCUUCUUGGCUGACGUCCGCUCGGGACGCAAGGCCAAGCUGGCCAAGAGGAAGGAGCUUAGCCGCCAGCGAGCGGCGAAGCACAGGCAAGCCUCCCGCGAAGGGAGGGCUCGCGAAAGGGUUGCGCUGGACGAGGAGUGGCAGAAGAGGUACAACAAGCCGCUUAAGAAAGACGACGGCAAGAAGGCAUCCUACCCGCUGAUGCCGGAGAACACCGAUCGAGAGGCAAGACCCUUGAGCAAGCGAGCUAGGGAAAACCUUCGCCAAGAAGGUGCUGGGGACGACGUCCCGGAGGAGCACGUUAGGGCUUGGCGAGAAAAGCCUAAGACUCCUGGGGAACGUGCUGGCAAGCGCCGCAGGGAAGCGGCCAGGAAGAAAAGAAAGGAGGAAGCUGCGAGCGGCAGUGCGGGACCCGUUUCGGGAACCGCAAAGGCCAAGGCCGUAGCCAAGCCAGAGGCUAAGCCCAAGGCAAAGCCUGUGCCCAAGGAGCCGCCUGGGCCACCACCUGCAAAGGGCAAGAAGGAAGUGAAGGGCACCGACCGGCCUGCUGAGCCGGCGGGGGAGCCUCCGCGGAGGCGAGCCAGGCCCAAGCACUCUGCUAGGGUAGCCGAGGCUAUCCGGACGGCGCCGUGGCGUAACGACGGCAAGUUGCCCGGGGAGCAGGGGAAGAAGGGUGGAAAAGAGAGCGGCAAGAAGGGCAGUGGUGGGACCCCGUCUCGGGACCCACCAAGGAGCCCAGAAGGAGGAUCUGGGGCCCAGGGUUCGGAAGACAGCCCGGGGCGGAGGCCCGUGAUGGGCCGAAGCAAGCUUCUUGGGGCGGCGUUGGCUGGGGCGCUGCAGGCGCAAGCCAAGAGAAUGCCCAAGGAGAAGAUCAUCCGGAGGAGCCAGGUGAAUCGCCUGGUGGAAGCCCACAAGGGCACAGACCGCUUUGCGAAGCGGCAGGGGCUGAGGAGAGCCCUGGUGAAGAAGCUCCCAAAGGGGACGGUCGGAGUCGCCGCCGAGCGCAAGCUGCUGGACAGCGACUGUGAGAGUUGCACCUCUCGACGAGGAAGGGCCACGAGGGCCGCAGCAGCUGCUUACGCCAAGAGUCUUCUCCAGAAGAAGGAGAGGAUGAAGCAUCUGCCCCUCCUUUCGGAGGACGAAGGCGAAGAUGAAGAAGUGGAGGUCGAGGUGGAAGAGGAAGACCCCGACGCAGACCAUGUGCCACUGGGGGGAAGAGGUCCCGAGGACCCACCCGACGGAGAAGGCGGCCUGGAGGGCCGGGUUGGAACCGUGUUUUCCUUAUCUGGGAAUGGGGCCGCUUCGGCACCUUCCCGGAACCAGAAGCAUCCCUCAAUGGAGGUGAUCCUGGACAGCGGUGCAAGCCACAACGUGCUGCCAGACAAGGUGUACCAGAAGCUCUUCGAGGAAGGGAGGGCCACAGCCUUGAAGGAGGUGAGUUCGCCACUUAAGUUUUCCACGGCGAGCGGGGAGAGUCUGCCCAACCUGGGCACAACGGAGUUGCUUCUGAGUGGCCCGUCUUCGGAUGGGAAAGCCACCAGGUGCAGAUGCAUCUUCAACGUGGCAGCUGUGCAACGCUGCCUCCUCUCCACUGGUCGUGCGAUGGACCGUGGCAACGCCUUGGUCUUUGCAGGUAAGGAGGCCACGCUGUACCUCCCGAAUGGGAGUUCUUUGGUCUUCCCGGAGAGGAAGGAAAAGAAGGAAGGAGGAGAAGAAAGAAGGGCGGCAGGCGCCGCAGCUGAGUACUACAACCUCUUUCCGGAGCCGGAGGUGUUCCCGAUCCACUCUGACGGUGAAGAGGACGAGGCCCGACCGUUUGGGGAUGGUGAGCCACGCCAGGCGGGGCCCGCUUCGGGAUCCGCCCAGCCAGGAGGCGAAGAAGCACAGCGUGCGAAGCCACUUCGAGCACCGCCUGUGCCCACGCCUCAAAUGGUUGCUGAGCACGAGGUGACACAUAUCCCUUACCGAUCGUGGUGCCCAGCAUGUGUAGCUGGACGGGGGCGAGCCUACUCGCACCACCACGAGGGCCGAGACUCCACAGUGCCUGUGGUAUCAGCUGACUACCUGUACUUCUCUGAGAAGGGAGUACCGGGAAAAAGCCUGCCAACAGUUGUCUUGAGGGACCGUGCCUCAAAGGCCAUCUUCUCGCAUCUGCUGCCAACUAAAGGGACGGUGGGUUCGACCUAUCCUGAAAAGGCGGUGCUUCGAGAUUUGAACUGGCUGGGGUACAAGCGCUUGGUUCUUAAGACAGACCAAGAGAACGCGAUCAAGGCAUUGGGGGCAGCUGUGAAAGCUGGUUUUCCAGAGGACUUGACUCUGGAAGAGUCGCCCAAGGGAGACUCUCACGGGCAAAGCAACGGCACAGCUGAGAAUGCAGUGCAACGUGUGCAGGGACAAGUGCGCACGAUGAAGUAUGCCCUGGAGCAAAAUGCUGGAGGAGAACUACCUAAGGACUCGGUUAUCUUCCCUUGGAUGAUCGAGUACGCAGGGGUGCUCCACACCUUGUUUUCUCAAGAGGACAGCGAGGGCAUGACUCCGUUUCAGAAGCUGAAGGGCCGAACCUGGCAAGUAGCUCUUCCAAGCUUUGGAGAAAUCGUGGACUAUCGCCGAAGGGCGAAAAGCAAGCUUGAUGCCAGAUGGCAAGAAGGAGUCUACCUAGGACUGCGGCUUACGAGUUCGGAGAAGAUUAUCGGGACGCCCUCGGGUAUCCUGGUGGUGCAGUCUAUCCGAAGGAAGCCUGCAGACAAGCAGUUCAAUCUCGAGAUGCUGAGGGCUGUGAAAGGAACUCCCUGGCAGCCUAAUCCCGAGAAGAGCACGGACGCCGAUGCAGACAGACUCCCGGAGCCUAUCGUGAUAGAGCCUGUGGUCGAGCAAGCAGAGCUUCCACCGAAACCUGGAGAAGCCGAACGGUUGCCUACGUAUCGGAGAAUGUACAUCCGACAAAGCGACCUGGAGCAGUUUGGCUAUACUGGGGGUUGUGAAGCCUGUGCCGCCAUUCGCGAAGGCAGAGAACGCCAAGGUAUCAACCACAACGAGACGUGUAGGAAGCGGAUCCAAGAGGCGCUGAAGGACACCUCUCGGGGCCAAGCCCGCCUAGAGCGAGAGACUCAGCGCGAGACCGAGUACUUCACGAAAGUCCACGAGGCAGAAGAAAAGAAGAGAAAGGCUGCAACAGAGAAGGAGAAAAGGCUUGAGGCAGGAAGUGCAGAGGCGAGCGAGCCCAGCCAACCUAGCAGGCCACCAGAGCAAGCAGCAAAGAAAGUGGAGAAAAGGAAACCCUCUAAAGCAGAGCCUGUCUCCGUUUCGCGAGAGAGUAAGAAGCCAGCAGUUACCGCUUCGGAAGCUGCUUCGGCGAGCAAACGGAAGAGCGAGGACCCUGGAGACCAAGAGAGGUCCGAGCUGAGGCCUGCAGAGGACCGAGCAGAAGGCUCUAAGCGCAAGGCUGAAAACGUCGAGGGAAUGAUUGAUACGCUUAUUGCUGGAGAGCGAAAGGCGUGGAUUGAAUCCCUGGAAGGAGUCGAACAGCCUACCUGCGACCUGGUUGAUGGUUUAGUGGAAGAGGUUCUUGCGGAGACCUUCUACGACGACCUCACCGGGAAAGAGCUUCCAGCUGAAGGUGUUAAAGCAGCCCGGGCAGAGGAAGUGAGCGUCAUCAGGCAGAUGGGAGUGUGGGAAGUCAUACCCCGUCCUGCAAACGAGAAGGUGAUCGGUACGCGAUGGGUGGACAUCAACAAGGGGGAUGGUGCCCGUCACAAACUGAGAUCCAGGCUUGUCGCUCAGGAACUCAAAAGAGCCCGCGGACCGCAACAACCAGAGGACCAGUCCACUUGGAGCGAUUUCUUCGCUGCAAUGCCGCCGCUCAGUUCUCUUCGGGCGCUAUUCUCUUUAGCGACUACACAGCGUGUACCCAACACUCGGGGAAAGCUGUCACCCGUUGGGUCUGGAGGCGAAGUCUGCCUCAUGUUUCUGGAUGUGAAGAAAGCUCACUUUUGGAGCCCUGUGCGUCGGAGACUCCUUGUGGAGCUUCCACCAGAAGCUGGAGAGGGACGAGACAAGGUUGGACUUCUGAAGCGUUCCUUGUAUGGGACCAGGGAUGCACCUUCCAAUUGGGAGAAAGCCAUCAAGGAUGCUCUGGAGGGCUUGGGCUUCAAGCAAGGAAGAAGCAACCCAUGCCUGUACUUCCACGAGGAGAAAUCUUUGCGACUCAACGUCCAUGGAGAUGACUUCACAGUGGUUGGAAGUUACAAAGAGCUCAAGUGGCUAGAGGCUGAACUGGGCAAGGUUUGGACAGUAGAGACAAGAGGCAUCCUGGCUAGACCCGGUUCGGAGCUGCCAGGCGUGAUUCAUCAGAUCUCUGUCUUGAAUCGCCUAGUAACGUGGACCCAAGAAGGCAUCGAGAUGGAAGCCGACCCAAGACAUGUGGACUUAGUUCUGGAACAGCUGGGUCUGGAAAAAGGAGUUUCUGUGACCACUCCACUGGUCAAGGUGAAAGAAGAGGACAUGGACAAGACUCCACUUGGUACUGCUGAAGCAGCUCUGUACCGUUCUAUCGCUAUGCGGAUAGGUUAUCUGUCUAUGGACAGGCCGGACUUGCUUAGGACCGUCCGCGAGUUGGCGAAAGGGCUGAAAGAACCUCAACAACACCAUUGGGGUCUCUUGAAGAGAGCUGCAAGAUAUCUCCGAGGAUCUCCUAGGCUGGUGCAAUUGAUCCCGUAUCAAGAGCAUUUCACAAGCAUCAAUGCUUGGUCCGACAGUGACCACGCUGGGUGUAUCAAGACUAGGAAAAGCACGACUGGAACCGUGAUCCAGCUCGGAGAAGCAACGGUGAAGACGGCAGCCAAGGGGCAAGCUGUGAUUGCCCUGUCCACUGGAGAAGCAGAAUACUAUGGCUUGAUAUCAACAGCCUCAACCGCUUUGGGCGAGCAAGCAAUGAUGGCGGACUGGGGUGUAAAGCUGUCUGUCAACAUAGCUAUGGAUGCCAGCGCGGGCAUAUCCAUCGGCUCGCGACGAGGGCUGGGUAAGGUCAAGCACAUUGACACCUGCUAUCUGUGGGUGCAAGAAAUAGUGGAUCAAGGAAGAAUACGCCUGAAGAAUGUCAACACGCAAGACAUGCUGGCAGACCUCAUGACGAAGCCUUUGGACGGCCAAACUGCUACGAAGCUAUUGAGUCGAAUGGGCUACACCGUCAGGUCUGGAAAGCAUGAGCUGGCCUUAGGAAAGGCGUGA